CCUUCCAGCGCUCACCUCAUCAUCGGCCCCGGGGCAGAACCGCGUGCGUCACCUUUCCCAGAACCCUUCGCGAGCUGGAAUCUAUGGUUGGAAUGAGCGGAGGAGCUAGGAAGUGCGUGGUGUGGAGUCGGGACUGGGGAAAGGACAGCAAGCAACAGGCAGGCUCAAAACAAACUUCGUUUAGGUUUGGGUGUGGGUGUUGGAAGAGACUGUAUGCUUUGAAUAUUUCCCAAAGCUAACUUGCGGGUUAGUUAGCUAGACAAUCUCGCUCGGAUUCAGUCCGUAGUUACGUAGAGAAAGUUCGCUUGCGAGCAGUUUUUGGUCUUUGGUGCCCACUGCCUGGGAGAUGAGUUUGCGUAGUGGCCGAGCCUGCCCAAGAAGUUAAAAUGCUCAGUUUUCUAAAAUUCCCGUUUAAAUGUCGUGGUUGUCGCACUUCGCACAGGGCUGUCGAGUUUCUCCCAAAGCAUUGAUGUCUCCACUCUUUGAGUUAUGCUUUCCAGAAAGAAAAGUAAAAACGAAGCGUCGAAACCAGCCGAGGUACACGGAAAAUAUGUAAAGAAGGAGACUUCGCCACUCUUGAGAAAUCUGAUGCCCUCGUUCAUUCGGCAUGGCCCCACCAUCCCGCGGCGCACUGAGAUCCCGCUGCCCGAGCCCACCCCCCUGUCGGCGUACCCCAUGGGCCCGGCGGAUCCCUCGGUGGCCCGGAACAAGAGCUUCCUGCGCAACCCGGUGCCCCGGCCGCCCCACGAGGUGGCGCGCCGCGAGAGCAACCGCAUGUCGGCCCCGCCCUACCUCCCCCGCAGCCUGGGGGAGCUCCCGCUGGAGUACGCCGGGUCCUCCCAGUCCUUCCUGUCCGAGGUGGCCCCGCUGGCCGAGAACGGGGACGCGGGGCCCGGCGGGGCCCGGUACUACUUCCCCCAGGACCCCUACUACGAGCCGGCCCGCCGGCCCCGGCAGAGGCACGCGCCCGACCGUUUCCACGACGACUACAGAUACUACGAGCACGGCGAGCAGAACUUCCAAAGAGUGCCGCACGCCUCGCAGGCCCCGAGCAGACAUCCCGUGGGAAUAGGGCGGAUUCAGGCGAAGUCCCUGGGGAACCUGGCCAGCCCCAGCGGGGACGACCUGCCCCUGCCGGCAGGCUGGACGGUGGACUGGACCAUCCGCGGGAGGAAGUACUACAUCGACCACAACACCAACACCACCCACUGGAGCCACCCGCUGGAGAGGGAGGGCCUCCCCCCGGGCUGGGAGAAGGUGGAGUCGGCCGAGUUUGGGGUCUACUACGUGGACCACAUCAACAAACGGGCCCAGUACCGACACCCCUGUGCGCCCAGUGUUCCUCGCUAUGACCAGCCCCCACCUCUCCCACCGCCAGUCACGUACCAGCCCCGCCAGACAGACCGGAAUCAGCCAGUCCUGGUGCCAGCCAACCCCUACCACACCGCUGAGAUCCCAGACUGGCUGCAGGUGUACGCCCGCGCCCCCCUCAAGUACGACCACAUCCUGAAGUGGGAGCUGUUCCAGCUGGUGGACCUGGACACGUACCAGGGCAUGCUGAAGCUGCUGUUCAUGAAGGAGCUGGAGCGCAUCGUCAAGUCGUACGAGGCCUACCGGCAGGCGCUGCUGUCCGAGGUGGACACGCGCAAGCAGCGGCAGCAGUGGUACGCCCAGCAGCACAGCAAGAACUUCGGCGGGAAGAUCUGAUUCGCCGAGGGCGCCGUAUCCCCAGGAGGGUCGUCAGGGGCGGGCAGCGAGACUCCCAUCUCGGCCUUUUUCAUUUUAUUUUAUUUUUAUUUUAUUUUUUUUAAAUGGCCGCGCUCGUACCAAACGCAUCUGUGCCUUUUUUGCCGGAUCCAAAUUAGCAGCGAAAUGACAGGGCGAGGAGGGCCCUGGCGUCCUAAGAUGUGGGUUCUGUGUAAGCGAUUUGGCGUGCGGGGAACUCUGAGCCGUCGGGGGAGAGGAAAGCUCAGCUCUUGGGGUUUGUGAACCGGUCACAGCGAGUUGAACGGCUGUGACAAAUCUGGACUUUCACAGGGCUGCAAAACGGCCAGAGGUUCCUGCUCUGUAAGACUCCUGUAAGAGACUGUGCCUUUUUAUUUUUUACAGGAACUCUCUCUCUCUCUCUCUCUCUGUUUCUCUCUCUCUAUCUGCCUCUGUAUUUCUCUCUAUCCACCUCUAUCAUUUUCACCCUCUCCACCACUCCCCGGUUAUCCACUGCUCUCCCUCUUUCUCCGUUUCUCUCCCUUUCGAUCCCCCUCUUUCUCUCUCUCUCUCUCUCUCUCUCUCGUACCCCUUCCUCUUCAUUGGCUGAGCUGUUCAGCUGUUCUGUUCGGAGCAGAGAGGGUUCUGCCGUUUCACUCCUCCUUUUUUUUUUUUUUAGCAUAUGAACUGCUUCAUGAAUAUUUUUUAUAAUCCUUUAAUUAUGUUUCCAGUCUUUUAAUUGGCGGUUGUAACCCAACGCAACACUUAAGAUUCUUUUGCUGCCCAUGAGAGAGGGUGAGAUGUGUGUUUUCGUGUGCGUUUUUACAACUCUCAUUUUGUAUUGUUGACAAUUUUGGUCUUGGACAAUCUGCCCUAUUCUGAUUGUCCUGCAUAAGAUUUAAUUUUUGAUAUGGAAUAUGUCUUUAUUUAAAGACUGUAAAUUUAUUGGCAGAAAGCAUCACAUUUGAUGCAAUGUGGUCUGAGCAACUCUUAGCUCUCGGCAUUAUUGUAUGUAAUUUGUUAUCUUUUAUUAUUUUUAUUUUUAUUAUUAUUAUGCUGUAUAUAAUAUAGUAUACAUAAGCUACUGGAAAUAUCAUUGCAAUACACUAAAAGCACAGAUGCCUGAAGAUGCCUUAGCUUUGCCUGCGUUAUUUAUAUUUUAUUGCAUGGUGUGUACAAUAUCCAUCCCUCCCUUUGUGGAAACGGUCUCAACUUCAUGCAGGAGAUUGAAGGUAUGAGUUUAAGUCCCAGCAUUGGCUUUUUUUUUUCUUUUUAUUGCUUUUCCAAUAGCAUAUCAGCGCUCCUAACUGGAGCCUGGGCUAGGGAUUAAGGAGGGUGCAGACAAGCUUAUGCUGUUCUCUUUAUACACCAUGCCAAGCGCCACUGCUUAGCACACCACUGCUCGCGCUCGCAAAGACGCUUCGCGUGCAGCUGAAUAGAAGGAACUGCAGGCACCCGGGCCACCAGUGGGUGUCACUAGUGAGCAGUCAAGAGGCCUUGCUCACACAUCCCUGCCAAUUGAACCCUCCGUAACCCUGCAGGGCUAGCGGGCACAGUUGGCGUUGGCACAGGCGGCGUUCAAUCCUGGACCGUGGGCCGUCCUGGCAUUGCCACUAGAACGAGAAUGGAACCUUAACCACACCCAGCAGUCCCCUCAUUGGCUUAAAUUGAUCUGAACUUGCUUGGUAUCCUCCAGUUGAGUUCCUUCAUCGCACAGUACGCCCGAAGAAAUCAAAGUGCAAUCGACUUGAGCCUGCUUUCCGUCUUCGACAACUUGUUCGCGUUCCCCGUGUCCGAAAUGAAUCGGAGCUGACUCCUUUGUGCUGAUAGGCCACGGGUUUGUGCUCGCAGAAAUCACUCGCCAGCAAGUGGCCGUUUUCAGUGUUCUUUGUGAAGGUUUCAUUCGGACACUUGCUUUUCUUUCACAAUGGAAGAGGGCUUGCUCUUCGAUGUCGUGCUCAGACGCAUCCCUACGUGGACAUGAUUUGAUGUUCAUUACUGUUAACAGUAUUGAGUUCUGAAAAGCAGCUAUCAAUAAAUUAUCUGAGCCUCCUCAAUUUCUUGGCCAUCAGCAUGUAUGGGGACAGGAUUGCAUUUAAAUCUGUUAUUCACAACCCAGGCCAUACUUAUUUGAGAAAAAAAAUGUUCUUUAUAAAUGUUAUUAUUCUCUAUUUGAACAUGGGUGUGUGAAUUAUGGAUGUCUCCUAGUUUGCCUAAAACAAUGGGGCUUUUUAGGAAGUGGGGGGGGAGACAACAUUAUUUUUAGGUACUCAAUUGGUCAGCGACAUUUUACUUUUUAUUCAGCAUGUGUAUUGUGUGUGACUGAAACUGAGCUGAAAAUUCAUCACUUCAUCAAUUCAGCUUUUCAUUUGGAUCAGUAUGCUUCCUGUCCGUUCGUCCAGAAUACUACAGUAAUGCCGUUUUACCAGAGGAGGUCACGAGGGCAUCUGAGGGCGUAGGUUCUGUAAUCUGUGUUUGCAUUUAUUUAACUUUUCAUCUUUAUACGAGACUUCAUAAUGUGCUUACGUGUAUCGCCUGAUGAAAUGCAGUGCAGCAUUUCUUUGUAAAAAAAGUUUUAAUUCCAAUAUCGAGACAAUACUGAGAAAAAGCAGGAGCGAUGUUUUGUUGCAGGAACGUUAUUUAUGAAUUUUAUAUAAAUCCAAGUUUCCGCAGAACAGGUACAGUACCCUUACGCUACAAUAAACCUCUCCCUAUGAAACGA